AUGAGGGAGGAGGGGACGGCACUCAAUGGCCGUGCUUCUCUGCCAGCGCCGCAAAGUCUACCAAACUCGGGCUAUUCGACACCCGUGCUCGGCACUCUAGCCUCACCAAAUGAAUGCCGCCGCAUCUUCGACUCUAGCGCCUCGAUUGUUCUCGUGGGGAUGCAUGGGACGGGCAAAGCAACGUUGGCGAUGAUGGCUUCUGUCGCUUGUCGACGACGAGUUGUGGAUAUGGAAAACCUAUUCUACACCACUACAGGCUUUUCCACGGCAAUGUAUCGAAAGCAGUUCGGAUCCUCUAAUCGCUGCCUGCGGCAGGAGGAAAUAUUUCGCAAUGCUCUCCAAGCCUAUGACAAAGGCGCGAUAAUUGUCUGCAAUGGAAGCUUUCCAUUAGACAUGAGUAGUCAGAGCCUCUUAUGCGAGUUUGCAAUGACACACCCAGUGAUCCAUAUCACGCGCGACCUUCGCAGUGUACAUCAGUACCUCGAGACAGUUGAAGAAUCAAAACUCCACGAUAUACUAGGUCUCAGUACGCCGGUAUUCCGACGAUGCUCGAACUACGAAUUUCACAAUCUCUCGGAAACCAAUGCGGCCCAUCUUUCUGUGGCGCCUGCACACCAAUCCUCAGUACCAGCUUUUUUGACUUUGAAACGGGCAGAAAGAACGUUUUUCAAGUUCCUGUCUCUGGUUCUUUCCCCCGAGAACACACAUAGCAAGGUCAAAAGCGCCACACCUCCCCUGGACCCUGGCCAUUUUCCGUUGUCGUAUGUCCCUCUCGAGUUGAGGAAUUACACUUGCGCUGUGCAGGUGCAGCUUUCAGAUCUUACUCCCGAAGCCGUGGAUAUUGAAGAGCUCGAGUUCGGAUGUGACGCCUUUGAGAUCGUCGUAGAGCCUGUUCAGCUCUCAACUAAUCAAGCAGAGGAUAUCAGCAAAAGUAUUUCGAGGGUUCGGAGAAGUACGGUGACUCCGAUUAUCUACCAUGUAAUGCCUGCGGCGACAAACUCAACCUACUCGGAGACAACUUACCUUGCCAACCUGCGACACGGCUUACGUAUGUCGCCCGAGUUUGCAACUGUUGACUUGACGAUGAAUGAGGAGCUGAUACGCGCCAUUGUCUCUUGUCGGGGGUCCACCAAAAUUAUUGGCCAUCUUCAUGCAGCUGUCGAUUGGUAUGAUGCAUUUUGGCUCGAGAAGUAUGAUACAGCGAUGCGCCUAGGCUGCAGCCUUGUUCGUUUUACUCGCCCGGCGAAUUUCAUGGACGACAACGCUGCGAUCCAGAGCUUCAGGAACACCAUCUACGCCAAAUCUCAGCGCAUCCCAAUGACUUGUUAUAACACUGGGCGUGCCGGACGUCGCUCAGCUUGCUUCAAUCAGGUUCUUACUCCUGUGAUACCAGAGACAUUGAGAAAGAGUGCCGAUUUCGGAGCAAGAGCACGACAAAAUCCUGAAACAUCCUGGCUUACUGUUCAGGAGGCUACGCAUAUCCUCUAUGCUUCGUUCACAUACGACCCUAUGGACUUCUACAUCAUGGGCGCUAGCGCCGGAUACAGCUUAUCUCCUGCAAUGCACAACGCAGCAUACCAGGCAUGUGGCAUGCCGCAUCGAUUUGAGCGUCUUGAAACCACAAACUUGGACAGGAGCCUACAGGAGCUUCUGCGCAGACCGAACUUCGGCGGCACUGCACUCAGUCAACCGUUCAAGAUCGAGGCCAUCUCCCUCACACAGUCAAUAAGUCGACACGCGCGGGCGAUUGGAGCAAUCAAUACCCUAAUCCCCGUUCGUCAUCUCAACUAUGAUGGCAGCAUUCCUGAUGCUGAUAACAUUGAAUUGUUUCAAGAACGUAACCAAUCUGGGCCAGUCAAAGCGCUGUACGGAGACAACACUGAUUGGAUAGGCGUCCGAUCUUGCAUACGACGGGGCCUAUCUCCAGCCAAUGCCGUCCGGCCCGCAACUACAUCUGGGCUCAUAAUAGGAUCAGGAGGCAUGGCUAGAGCAGCCAUAUACGCGAUGCUGCAACUUGGUAUCAAGAAGAUCGCUAUAUUCAACCGAACAGCCGAGAACGCCAAGACGCUCGCCACUUACUUCACCAAGUUAGCGUCGAGUCCCUCUGCUGCUAAACUUUUCCCAUCGUUCGUCCAAGGAUCUCAACCUACAUUCCGAAUCCUUGAAUCUCGAAACGACCCGUGGCCAACCGAUCUCCGUGCUCCCACUGUUAUUGUGUCCUGCAUACCUACACACGCCAUAGGCGACGAACCUUCCCCUCAAUUCACGCUUCCUACACAUUGGAUGCAGUCUCCUACCGGGGGGGUUGUAAUUGAGCUAGCUUACAGAACAUUGAACACGCCCUUGACAAAACAGGUUCGCGAAGAAGCAUCGAAAUCUUGGAUUUGCCUGGAUGGCUUGGAUCUCCUGCCCGAGCAGGGCUUUGCUCAAUUUGAACUUUUCACCGGGAAAAGAGCACCACGCAGGAUUAUGAGGGAAGAAGUACUCCGCUGCUGGACUGAUGAGCAGGGACGGUCCAACCCAAGUAUGGUACGAACCAGGCUGGAAGCGAUGGAUAAGCAGGAGCCAUGA